ACGGGCUGCGGCCGGUCACCCCGCCGACGGGCGCCGCGGAAUCUAUACUAGAGCACUGAGCACACGAACGGAUGAAUAGGAGCACGAGAAGAGAAGUAGAGAACUGCAACGGGAGGAGGGGAGAGAGAAAAAAAUUGCAGCAGCAGUAAGAUCUUAGCUACAAAUAUUUGAAGAUCUUUGUCGGUGAUUUCUAGUUAUGUUCCCUGCUUUUAUCUGAGAUUCUUUGAGGUGAUGACGGAUGCCAACUCAUCAUUCUCCGGAGGUGCAAAGUUGCAGCCAAGCACAAGCAUGAAUACUGAUUCAUUCAUGCGUGUUCCAGCCUCCCCAAUAUCAUUUUCAUCAAAUAACAUCUCUGGCUCUUCAGUCAUUGAUGGUUCAAUUGUGCAGCAAAGUCCACCCCAAGACCAGGUGCAAAAGCGGAGGUCUUCAAGUGUAACAUCACAUCCUAUGAUUGAGGCUGGUGGUGCAUUGCAUCCUCAAAAGAAAUCAAGAAUUGAUGUUAGGCAAGAUGAUAUACUACAGCAUCAGCUGAUUCAGCAGCUGCUCCAUGGUGAGAGUUCUCUGCAUCUUCAGGGGCAACAGAACCCACAGCUUCAAGCUUUGCUCCAGCAGCAUAAACUGGCACAGAUGCAGCAGCGGCAGCAGCAGCAGCAGCAGUUGUUGCAACCAUUUGCUCAGAUACAACAGUCUCAAAUUGGCAUCCCUCGUCAGCCUCAGCUUAGACCACCACUAGCACAGCCUGGAAUGCAGCUAGCUGGACCUAUUAGGACUCCUGUCGACAGUGGGCUUUGUUCCCGCAGGCUAUUGCAGUAUUUGUAUCACAAGCGUCAUCGUCCAGAGAAUAAUACCAUAACAUACUGGAGGAAGCUUGUUGAGGAAUAUUUUGCACCACGAGCAAGAGAAAGAUGGUGUGUCUCUUCUUAUGAAAAGAGACCAAAUGGUUCAGUUUCUACUCCGCAAACAGCUCUGGAUUCGUGGCGGUGUGACAUUUGCAAUACACAUGGUGGGAAAGGAUAUGAGGCUACAUAUGAAGUGCUUCCUAGACUGUGUCAAAUCAGAUUUGAUCAUGGCGUUAUAGAUGAAUACCUAUUCCUCGACAUGCCCAAUGAAUUCCGGUUGCCUAAUGGAUUAAUGCUGCUGGAGCAUAAAAAAGUUGUUCAAAAGAGUGUUUAUGAGCAUCUACAUGUUACACAUGAGGGGCAUCUGAGAAUUAUAUUCACACCAGAAUUAAAGAUAAUGUCCUGGGAGUUCUGUUCACGGCGACAUGAAGAGUAUAUCACCCGCAGGGUUCUGGCACCACAGGUCAAUAAUCUGCUACAAGUUGCCCAGAGAUACCAAGCUGCUACUAGUGGAAGUGGUCCUGCAAGGGUUUCAAAUGAUGAAGCACAAACCAUUUGCGACAUGUUUGUGACUGCAUCGCGGCAACUAGCGAGGAAUCUGGAGCACCACACCUUGAAUGAACAUGGUCUUUCUAAACGAUAUGUUCGCUGCCUACAGAUAUCGGAGGUGGUGAAUCAUAUGAAGGACUUGAUUGAGUUCACUAACAAGAACAAUCUUGGCCCUAUAGAGGGCCUGAAGAAUUAUCCGAAACCAAAUGUACCAAAGCUUCCAGGACAGAAUACGCAAGAGGCAAAACACAUAAUGGCUGCUGCUGGCCUUCCCAAUGACCAGAACACCACCAAAGUCAUGGGUCUCAAACAAGAAAUAAGCGCUCAUGUGGACAACGGAACUUCUGGUGUUGGAGCUGUUGGUAAUAGUACUCCACAAAAUGCUACAGCACUAAACAGUUACCAGAAUAUACUCAGAAGCUCCAGUGCAAAUCAGAGCCUGAUACAGCAGGAGGCAUCGAGUGUCUUCAAAGGUUCUGCAGCGAUGCACAAUGGAAUACAGCUGGAAGCAUCUAGAUCGUUCCAUGCACCUAACCAAGCGCACCUUGCACAAUUCCAACGUUCUGCGUCAUUUCAGCAUCCAAUGCCCCAGCAUAACAAUCUUCAGGGCAUGGGAAUGCAAAAUAAUCUCCAGGGCUUGGGAAUGCAUAGUAAUCUUCAGGGCUUGGGAGUGCAAAAUAAUCUGCAGGGUGUGAACCCACAAUACCAGCAGCAUGUUUUAAAUCAGCUGCUUCAAGAAGUUAAGAACACUAACAACCAUGCUUUGGUGCAGCAACCACCUCCAGCCAACCCUAAUGUAAACAGUGGUCUCGCAUCCGGAGCUGCUAACACCAACAGUGCUGCUACUGGAGAGCAGACUCAGCAUAUCAAUAACAGCACCGUAAAGGGUGCAGCUACAAUCGGCACCGGGCCGAGCAAUGUGAUCAACAACAGCACAGCCAGCAUCGUCCCCAGCAGAAGUAACAGUUUCAAGUCGGUAAGCAGCAACCCAGCUGCUGCUACUGGAGGCAGCAAUGCUGCGACUUCCAAGGCUGAGCCCUUCCAUGAAUUAGAUGAUCUCGACCAUCUCAUUUCCAAUGAACUGGCGGAAAGCGGGCUGUUCAUGGCAGACCAAGGCGGCAGCGGCUUCUCGUGGAACAUGUGACAAGAGUACAUAGACGUCUCACUGCUCUGUGAGCUUCACUGUAAGCGAUGAGCAAUAGCCUGCUUUGAUGCUAGUGUGGAAGCUAGCGAGUGGUGGUGGUGGAAAGUUACCCUAGAUGCAAGUUUCUCUUUCUUUUUCUUAUAUAUUUUUUUAGUUUUUUAUUACCGUUUCGGACUGUUGUGAGUUGUGACCGUGCUCUGAUGUUAACUUCAGAUGUCAGCUGGAUCUGUUGUGGGGAUGUGAGAGCAGUAACCGGUAGUUAUUGGAAUAUAUUGUUGUCGUGCAAUCGAAUGUAUUGCUGUGAUUUCUCAUCAUCUCACCCCAAACAAA